AGUUGCUACUAUUUCAUUCAUUGUGUACAUGAUUCUGCACAGUUUGUGAACUAUUACAGCUGAAUACAACACCUCGUUUCAUAAUGCGUAGAAGAACGGAAGCUCAAGCAUCAAACAAUGAACGUGUCAAUGAUGAUAAAAAGGAUCGGGAUAAAAAAUUGCACAGCCAAGCUGUAACUGAAGGCAGAGCGUCUUACGGCUCUGUGCUCAUGACAAUUGGAAAGUGUUUACUCUUGAUUAUCUUCGUCCCUCCCUUCCUCAACUAUGCAUCGCUGCAGAGAGAAGGACAGAUGCUCAUGCCUAAAGAUGGCCAGAUUGUUGAUGUUGGUUUGGGUCAAAAGAUGCACCUUUUGUGUAAAGGAAAAGGACAACCAGCUGUCAUACUUGAUGCACCAGCUGGAAUGUCCUCAGAUGUUUGGUUGCAUGUCCAAGAAACUGUGGCCACACUAACAACGGUCUGUACCUAUGACAGAAUGGGACUGGGCUUCAGCAAGCGGUUGAUGCAGAAUGAAACCACAGGAACUGAGAAAGUUUGGGGGAUGUCAACAACUGGACGGAUGGUGGAUGAUCUGCACCGACUCCUGCAGGCUGCUGGAUUAGCCAAGCCCUUCAUCCUGGUGGGCUCUGAGCUUGGCACACUCAAUGGCAGGUUUUACAGCCACAUUCAUGAUGUGCAAGUGUCAGACCUGGUGCUGAUUGAUCCCAUCCCAGAGGACGUUUUUGAGGAUGAACAGUGGAAAGAGUACUGGUAUGGUAAGCUGCUGCCCUCGCUCCAAGCCAGGCAGUUUUCAGCAGCCACAGGGCUGAGCCGCAUGCUGAUUAUCCUGGGGGCGAUGGAACCGACUAUUAAAGGAGAAAAUGUCUCAGAGGAGGUCAUCCAGCGCCAGAAAUAUCUCCUGAGUAACCCUGCCCACCAGAGCAGUGCUGUGGAUGAGCAUUACUUUUUGAAUGAAAGUGCAGCUCAAGUGAGGGACAUCACAAAAUUUAAGCCCCUCUCCAGCAGGACAACAGUGAGUGUGAUCACCGGGGAUUCCUUUGACCAGCAAAUACCAGAACAUCUAAACCAGAUGGUAGCUAAGCUUCAAAAGAAGUUUCUGGAGGAGUCCUACCCAUCAGCCAAUCACAUUCACAUAAAAGGAGCAGACCGCCGAAUGAUCUACAACAAGCCAUCUGCCAUCAGCCAGCACCUGAGGAAGCUAGUCAACCGACGACAAGCCAAACAGCAGAGCGAGUGACCCAUGGCCAACAUGUAACAAUACCCCAGACACGGACAGGGUAAUCACUGAAUAUGUUUUAAAUAUUCAAUAAAAUAUUCAAGUUAUCUUUUUACCUCUCAGCAAUCUGUAGAGAUUGUGUACACGUCUGGUGGGGUUCAUCAAGAAGUCAAUUUUUGAACAUAUUUUUGCACAGCUCUGCUGCGUUGGAAGCUUUUAAAUUGAAAAUAACUGGAGGGUAUUCAGUGUGAUGAAAUAUUUGCUGUCUUAGAUUCAGAAAAUCUUAUCUUUCAAGUUGUUAUUUCAGUCUCUUUACCUGAUUGGCCAGAGACAAAAAUUAAUACAUUACUCCUUAUCAGUGUAAAGGCCACACACGUCACUGUCCAACCACUGUCCAACAUACUUUUUUUUUUUUUUUUUAAUCUCAUUCAGCUCUGUUUUAAUAUUCUGCCUUGUUAUAGCCACGGGGAAAGGUACAUCGAGUUCCUCUCUCUCUGUUGCAUCAGCUUCAGUCAUUUGUUACAGGCAUAUAAUUGAGUUACAUCACAACCAGAUGUAGACCUGUAUCUUUAGACUUGCAUUGAUUUGAUUCAUUUUAUAAUUUGUGAACAGAUGAGUGUGGCCUGCAAAGCUUAUUCUGGAUUUUUAUAAAUCCAUCUUUAUGUACUUUUGUGUGUAUAUUUAACUGUACUGUGCUUGUUUUUGUGGCAAUCUGUUUUGAUGGGUAUACAGUAGUGUGAAAGAAAGACCAGACAGCAUUGGUUUAUCCUGAGGAUUUAAGUUUAAUUAUGACACCACAUCAAAAUAAAAAUUUCCAACAGA